GGAGAAGCUCGUAACAACAAUGUUGAUUUAUUCAUUGGACGAGAAGAGCUAGUACGAGGUCCAGAUGUUGUGCCGAACUCUAGCGCAAGGGCGGAUUCCUCGUACCAUUUUGAUACGGGGCAGACAGUGACUUUCGAUCCGGAGGUUCAUCGGGUUGAUGCAUUGAUUGAUUCUCACCGCGAGCGCCCGGCUACUGCGCCCGCUAAAUCUGGUGGUAACGUUUUGCCGCCGGUAAGGGAGCCGGCAAAAACUCCGACCGGUCAAAGCGCAGGACCAUCUCUUCGAGCACCGCCGCCAACGCCUGAGAAAGCGGUGCAGCUACUGGGACCCGAUCAAGCAGGACAAAUGGCGACAAUCGCGGAAGAACACCAUAGCACCAACCUAGCGCCGGCUGCUACUGGUGAAUCUGGUCUUGUGACUCCAAAGACCAAAAUAGUGGGCGACGGAGAAGCUGGUGCACAAGGUGGAUUUCCAGAGGAAGACUUCACUGAGGGCGAGCGCAAUUUUCUGAUGAAAAAGCAGGAGAUGCUGCGUAGAAGCCCAAGCAAGAGCAUUUUUUCUUUGCUGAAUGCUUCGCCGGCGAUAUCUUUGGCCUCUGAUGUCUCGCCAUCGAAGAGCUUCUGUCUUGGUACUCCGUCGCCGACUAAAGCGAAGACGCAGGACCGUCCACAUCCACCGACGCCCUCGCCGAGCAAGCGGAGUCGCAUGUCAGCAGAUCAUAGUCCAUCCGCAGGCAACACGCCACGCAAGAGGUCGCCGACGGGAGACGGGACUGAGUCGCCGCAACAAAUCAUGGACCGAUUACAGAAGCGAUGGCGCGAAUACCUAGCUAGCAUUGCAGCAGUACAGAUUUUGCUUUCCUUAUUGAAUAUGGUUCAUGAACACGUCAAAGGCGAGGCAACAUGUGAACGAAGGUCUAUGCUUCGUUUUAGAAGGAGAAAAAUUUCGCACUGUUGAUGAACUCUGAAGGUUUUCAUUUUUGUAAUAACUCCUUUUAGGGCGAAGAACAAGCAGCACGGUGGCAGCGUUGGAAAACGAAAAUGGCGGAAAUCGAAGCAAACCAACUCGACGCGGAAGAACGAGGGAAAUUUUUCAACGAGAUUCGCUACAGACAGCUUGACGCGAAUUUCAACGGACAAUUCCUAUUCCAGCAAGUCACCGAGAUGAUCUUCGAGGACAAACAACAUCCCCUUGUUAUGAUUCCGUUUUGAUCUUGCACUCAUUGGUUCAGAACACAAAACUCUUAUGUGUGUAGAGAAUGGUGACACGGAAGCUGUUUUUUGUCUUCAAAGAAAUCUUCCAUAUAAAUGCCUCUAACUUCCAUCCUAGCGGCCGCUAUCGAUUACAGUCUCUUCUCGAGAAAACGAUUCAAGCCACGAACGGCGAGAGCGUAGCGGCAAUGGCAGCCUUAGCGGAGCUAGAAGAGACGGAAGGCCAGUUUGCACGCGCUCGCGAGUUGUACUCGAUUAUUGUCGACAAGGCCAGAGAAGGCAACGAGGUAGCGCUCACUUGUUUGGUAGACGUGGCUGAAUUUCGGGAGCGCCAGAUGGCUCGAGAUGCGGAGGAGCGGCGGAAACGAAAGUCGAGGAACAAAUUUAAAGUGGUACUAGGUGUGACUUGUCAACACAAUGAUCUUGAAGAUCGAUUGAGUUUCCGAUUGGGUGAGCGAGAAUAUGAGAAGCGCACAUGUGUUUUGAAGAAAAGCAGCUUGAUAACUAUUCAUUUUCGAUGAAGAACUACUCUCGAACCCACUUCUACCACGAUCAGGGCAAGAAUAAGGCACUCAUCGACAAGGGGAUCAAGAAGGACAGCAAAGCCGCCGAUUUUAUGUUGAAGGUGGUGCGGGAGCGGGAGAACAUCGAGCGCCCUUUGCUUCGGCAGAGUCUGAAAGAAGGCUUUCUGGAUCCGAUGCGCGACGCGCUGGAGCGCAUCAUCCGCAACCAUCCGCAGGACAAGCGACAUUUGUCGGGCUACAAACGGCAAGUGCACCGGGAGAGGCAGCGCGAGCGCGAAAUUCAUGAAGAGUGCCUUGCUUCUCUGAAAAUGAUGGCAGCCGAAAAGCAGAAAGUAGCCAAACCAGUUACCUCUCCAAUCGCAAGCAGUCGGAAUGCCGCGCCAGCAGGCCUCGUGGAGGGCAAGCCGGGCACCUUGGGCUUUUCUGCGCGGCGUGCGAGUGCGACAGCAGCUCCCGCGGCUGCAGCAGCGCCUGCCGCAGGAGGUGGACUGGGAGGGCUGUUCGGCAAGAAGUCACGUGGAUCAUCGCAGAGUGUUGCUGCGUCCAGCCCCGCGUCUACUGCGGCACCCGGAUCUCCGCAAGCCGAAACGCCGGGUGGUGCUGCGGCCUUGUUAGGAGGUGGGGGAGCCAAGGGGGCUGGUCUCAAAGGUAUGGGCGGUGGAGGUCUGCUCGCUGGCCUAGCGGGUGCAGGAGGAGCAUCUGGUAGUGCUACUGCUACUAUAACUCCAGUGUCUGUAGCCACACCCGCAGCAAAACCUGGAAAUCUCUCGGGUGCAGCAGCGGCACAGAGGCCACAGACGACACCUAGUGGCGCGGCACCUAAAGCCGCCUGCGGUCCACCUCAAAAGUCCGGUUCGAAGGAGGACGUGGGAAAAAAGAGCGCAGGCUCAAAAGCGCCACAGAAAUCAGGAUCAAAAGCACUCCACAAAGGUGCAUCCACUCCCGGGUCUAAGUCUGGUGAGCGAACAUCAGCGCAGAUGUUUGACAAUCUCGAGAAUCGACUGAUGAAACAGCAAAAGGACGCUGAACGGGAAGUCGAAGCGGAGGAAGCUCGUAAGCGCCCAGCUGAACUGACAGAGGAAAACGUAGUGGAGUGGGUACCAAAGAAAUACCAAAAAGAAAUAGCACCAGAAUACAAAUCGCAGGUGGAGCGGGGAUAUGCAUCAGAGUACCCCUUAACAGACCUAGCGCUCUGGUUUCAACGGUUGCUUUCUCAUCCGUCAAGAUUCGAUGGACGAAUGUUCUGUAGAUUCAUACAAGUUGGAUCUGCAUUUCAAUAAUACAGAAUAGGUUUGCAGCUUUGAAUGUACUACCACGAAGAUUUUUCGUCUUAGUUACCUCACAUUUCUUCAGCUUUGAUCGAGAAGUGACGUGUAAUCACGCCGGCGUGCUCACAUUUCAUACGCGCAUGGCUCGCGCGAAAUUCGGACAGCAAGUGAGGCGGACACAGAAGAAGACGCGCGGUGGCAAACUUCUAAAGAAGGCGUUUCUGCAAAGAGAAUUCGAAUCGGCCAAGUACUUCUAUCUAUGUACAAACAUGCUAUUCUGAAACCCUAACACCAGCAAAUUGAAUUGUUCAGUUGUGGUUGAUAUUUUUUGCGCUUGACCAGUGAACCGGUACCCUAGAGUGGUCAAGAGGGAGCACAAAAUUUGGGAACAGAGCACUUCUCCGAGGCACGCACAGGCUCACGCCGCCUUCGACGCGGAGACCUCUAGGGCAGUACAGGACUCCGGCGCGGCGCCUAUUAAAAACGGAUCCUAAUGAGCUCCUAAGAUUUCUGAAGAAUAGAAUACUUUCCUAGCAACAUCCUCUAAAAACCUAAACACCACCUCAGGUUCUCAGGUUCUAUGAGUUGGAGGUUGUAGAACUGAUUUUGCUCCUUGUGUUGAACGAGACUUCAUGAACUAAAGGGUCAGUAGUACCCCUAUCCCUAUUUACCCUUCCACAUUCAGUCUUACGGGUAGCCCACAACAGAAAAUAGAAGAGAAUGAAGAGGAGGAGAAUUCCCACGAAGAUGGACGCUUGCAUAUCAACACGCCCCCGCGCAAGCAUAGACCAGGAACGGCCCCUUUUCUGCGUAACAUUGACGUUUGGGACGAAAGCAAGAAUUUUGAUCUUCUUGGCAUGCUGCACCAAAAAAGCGAGAAGUAUUACGAUGCGGCGCUGUCGUGUCGCAUGCUAGUACAACGGCGCGCUCAGAAGCAGAAGCAGGAAGAGGAAGCACGGAAACAGAAGGAGCAAAAGGCCAGAGAAGCGGUGGGGCUUGAAGCAGCGGAGGCGGAGAAGGCUCGGCUAGAAAAAGAAAAAAGGCCUGGUCCGCCGUUCACUGUGCGAUGUGAUACUGAUGUACGCCCGAACACUGCUGGAAUCGGAAAGGGCAUUGCAGGUGGGCGAAAAGGUACUGAAGAUACCUAAGUACCUCAAGAAAAGAGCAGAGCUAUAUCCAUUUCGGAGCUCUUCUUAUUCGUCGCUUUUCUGCAGAUAUUUGUUUAUUGUUGCAUCACUCUGCGAGCACAGUGAUUGAAUUUCAGUGUUCUUUUACCCACGACCAGGUAGUAAGCGAUCUCCACGUCGUGAUUUGCGAUUGCUGCGGCCUAUGAUGUCGUCUACGAGACUGAAUGGUGGUAGCAAGACACGCUCCUCUGGAGCCCCUGCAGCGCAAUCACAAGGCGGUGCUGGCAGUGGAACAGGCGCGCACUCUGCGUCAGGUGGAGGAGGCUCACCGACACGAGGCAAAAACGUGAUGAAGAAAAAGGUGCCAACGCCACCAAAGGAUCCUGAUGAGGUCAAUGCCUACCCUGACUUGGACGUUGUGACCGAGUUCAACAUUCACUCGGGUGUACAGCGGUUCGAUCCACGAAGGACGCGGCGAACUUAUGGCCUCGUUCCAAUGCCGACACCGGCUCCACCUGACGAUCGGUACACACUACGAGCAUUGCCGCCAGAUGUUCCGCCGAAAAUUCUCUGAGUAGAAACGACAAAAAGAGCAUAGCGACACGCGGACGGUCUCUGCAUGAAUUGUAUAUGGAGCAUCACACGAACACGAUAUGAGCAUGAUCUUUUCAAUACCUUUAAAGUACACCACCCAUCAUUCAUUCUGCAAAGGCAUAUCUGGCUAGAUAGUAUGGACCAGAUUUCUCCGUUUUUCCGGAAUCUUGCUACGGACCUAUUUUUUAGGUCAGGUAACGUGUCAAUGUCAUACAUUUCCUCAAUAUUGCAACUUACAUCAUCUACACAUGCUUGUUUGGGCGCAUUUUUUCUUUCAUCGACAUUAUUAAACUAGUGAAAAGCUAACGGGACGCCACUCUUCGUAUAGUAUGUUGCUUUGUGUCGAAUUUGUUCAGGUAGUUUGCAGAGCAGAAGCUUUGAGGUGAUUGCACCAGUUUAUUCAUGAAGUUUUUCCUUCUUGCAGUGAACAAGGUACCCAUUUCUCCAUUGCUUGCUUUUUAAGGCCACGAAACAAUCAAACUGGGUAUCAUGCGAGCGUAAUGUCAUGUGUGGAACCGAAUGCCGUCACUGCUAGUCCUACAGCUUAGGACGGAGCAAAGAAACAGUCCGUUGCGACGAAACGUUGCUACCGCGGGGAUGUGUUGAGAUACAGCGA